AUGUUCAAAUGGUUAUUCUACGCGUUUGCAAUAUAUCUGACACUCGCGUUAUUCUUAUUUGACGAUAUAUUCCUUGGCUAUAAAGGCAAAUACCGUAACCUUAAGACAUAUCUUCCUAGGCCACCUCAGAGGAAGUUCACACCCGAGGAGUUAGCAAAUUACGACGGAACUCACGGAGAUGAAAUUUACCUCGCUGUAGAUGGUCUCGUAUUUGACGUUUCUGCUAAUAAGCGUAUAUAUGGUCCUGGGGGUAUGUACCAUGCAGCCACAGGCAAAGAUGCAGCUAGAGCAUUCGUAACAAACUGCUUCAAGGAUCAAGCAACUUACGAUACCCGUGGCCUCGAUGAGAAGGAACUAUCACAAAUAAAAUCCUGGCAGGCAUUCUUUGACAAUCAUAAAAAUUACAAUUUAAUUGGUACAGUUGAGAAUCCGGCUAUUGAUCCAUCCACCCCAAUACCUGAAGAUUGCGGCUUUAAAUUGAAAGCCAAGACACCUAAAGGUGGUGAAUUAUGA